GUCAAUUCUCUCUUUUAAAACUAUUAACAUUGCAAUUAAUUUAGCAGAAAAAAACGAAAAGAGAGAGUGACUAAAAAAUCAUGCAGUAUUUGGCGGAACAACCGUAUCGGGGUGGAGGAGUUAAGCAAUUUCCAAAUACAAUGGCAGCAAAAUACACUUUGAUAAGCUAUUUUCUGGUAUUUUACAUUUCAAUGAACUUCGGUCUUUCAAGCAAAACUUUUGCGUUUAUCCCUUUUUAAUACCAGACCGCUUUCAUUAUAAUAAUUUCCAAAUUGGCCCCGAGGCUUGAGCGAAACAGAACAAAAAAAAAUUAUUUAUACAUCGCUCAGUUUCUCGCAGCAUUCCUUCCCUGAGGCAGUCCAACUUAGAAUAUUGGCUUAUCUAGCCUUCCGUUUUUCGUUCUCUCGGCUGUUUUUUGAAAGUGUGUAGUGUGUGUCAUUACAUUGUGUAUUAUUCUGUCAAAUAACAGCUGCUCAGCAAGGUUCAGACAGCUCUGAACCAUAGCUAUUUUAUAGAUGAUUAAGGCUGAAAAAGGAAGUUUUCAAUGCCUAUAGAAUCUUUCUAUCUUUCUGAUCAAAUCCAAGAUCUGUCUCACUCAUCAGAGCCACCAGCAAUUUUAAUUCCACUUUGCGAAUUGGGCCUUCCCGCGGCGUCCCCGAUUGCUACCGCUAGGUGAUAUCCCGCUGUCUUUACCUGCUACUCCCUGCACUUUGCGGCCUUUAUCGAUCCGUGGUUUUGCAUCGAUCAGGGCUGCAAGGCGAAUAGAUCGACCAAAUCUGAAAAACAAAUUCAUUAGCCAUCUAUUUGAGAACGUCCAGUUAGCGUUAUUUUAUGCUGAAUCAUAUCUGAUCGUUAACUUUGCGGGAAUGAAAUCUAAUGGCGAGGUAUGCGAUUGUUUAUGGAGCAGUGUUGGCCAGACAGUAACUAGGUACUUGGUUGUGACGAGCUAGUGAUCGACUAUUUAGUAAAUCAACGCAGUACUAAGCAUAUGGAAACUGAAAUAUGUUCAUAAUAGAAACGAAAAUAAUGUAACAGCCACUGACGACAGUACAGUUCGUACUUAUUAUCAUGUUAUUAUGCAAAAUAUCACACGUGCAGCCUCCACCACUCGAUUGGUCGAAAAGAAAGUGAAGGUGUCGAAGAGCUAAAAGAAAACAAUACCUUUAAUAAAAGCAACCUAAGCUCUCUCUGUUGUUAAGAGCUAAUGCAAAUGUUUUGCAUUUUUACAAUGCGAUGCUUUGGCAAUGUUUAUUUUGCGUUCGGUUCGCACGAAAAUGCGGUCCUCAUAAACUACGGCAAUUUCAGUCGAUUCAAACGCAAUGAUGAACGUCGACUUCGUUCCUUCGUCGCUGGCGACUUCUCCCGAUGAAGAUGGUAUAAGUUUUGAAUUUGAAUCAUUGCCACACCGAGCGAACAAUCUCCUUGCGACUACGUCUGGGGCUAACGGACAAGUUGCUGACAUCCAAACUAAUUUAUCAACGGCUACUAUGGCGGACGUUUUGGAUGAAAAUGGCGCAAGUACUCUACAUCAUUCUGCAAGAAACAACGAUGCUCAAGCUAUUGAUUUCAUGCUAAAGGCAGGUGCUCGAGUUGAUGCUUACAACAAAGACGGAUUAACACCACUUCAUGUAGCUGUGAGGUAUGAUGCCCAAGAGGCCGUUGAUAUCUUGCUGAAGAGGGGAGCUAAACCAAACGUCACGUCUACUUCGAGCGGCUGUACCGCUCUCCAUGUUGCCACGCAAUUUGGCCACAAAAAGAUCAUUGAACGGCUGCUGAGUACGAAAAACUUGGAUAUUGACGCAACUGACCAGCAAGGAAUGACCGCUCUUCACAUAGCCAUCAGUCGAGGAUAUGAGGAUGUUUGCAGAUAUCUCAUUAAUAAUGGAGCCAGUAUUAACAUCAGCACAAAACAGGGACGCACUUGCCUUCAUCUGGCAGCUAACGCUGGCAGCACGGAUAUUGUGGAUUUGGUGAUUCAAUCUGCUCUGAGAGAUAGUUUAAGGUAUCCAGGUGUGGCGAUACAGUCGAACAAAACUAAUCCAGAAGUCAUUCGGUUUGUUAACGAAAAAGACGCGUACCAGAACUCAGCACUUCACAUGGCUGUUCAGACAGGUCACGUGUCAAUGUGCCAAGUCCUUUUGCAGCAUGGUGCUGAAGUCAACGUCCAAAAUAAGUGCUCAAAGACUCCUUUACAAAUGGCGUCCAUGGGAAAAAACAGAGAGAUUUUGGAAUUACUCAUCAAACAAGGAGCACAAACAAACACGAAUGAUCGUAACCAAAGAACUCCUCUGCACAGUGCGGCGUCUUUUGGAAACCCAGAAUGCAUCGAGCUUCUUCUCAAGCAUUUAACAUCUAUAGAUCACACGGACGCUGAUGGUAUGACGCCAUUUCUCUGCGCAGUAGCCGCUGGUCAUACAAACUGUGCAAAGUUGCUUCUCGAGUCUGGAGCGGAUAUCGCAGCUCGUGACAAGUACCAGAGAUGCUGUGUUCAUCUGGCUGUAGAAAACGACAAGGGAGAUGUGUUGAAGAUGCUGCUGCAGAGAUCUGGGCCAGGUCUUUGCAAUGUUCCUGAUAUGCAUGAAAGGACAGCAUUGCAUUACGCUGCUUUAUCUGCAAAAACAGGACUUCUGGACAUUUUGUUGGAGGAGAAAGCGAACUGCCUGCUUCAGGAUGGUAAUGGAAAGACGCCAUUACAUAUAGCUGCCGAGACUGGGAAUGCACGCCAUGUUAAAGCUCUAAUCAAGGCUUCUUUCGCCAGUGUUCGUCAAAAAGAUGUAGACGGUAGAACACCGCUACAUUUUGCGGCCUUGAACGGAGAAAGGAAAAUCUGUUCAAUUUUGCUCCAAAUGGGUGCUGAAGUGGAUAGUUCUGACAUCUAUGGCUGGACGCCCCUUUCGUUUGCUGCCAAGACAGGGGCUAUUAGCUUAAUUCAAAUGUUUCUCGACUUAAACGCCAACAUAGACCACCAAGACCAAACAGGAAACACAGCGCUCCUGAUUGCAUCUGCGAGAGGUCACGUGAAUGCUGUAAAGAUCCUUUUAAAUCGACAAGCAAGCUUGAAGCCGGAUGAAAAUGGACUUAACUGCCUUGAUGUGGCUAUUGAGAAUCAGCAGGAAGACGUAAUUAUGGCUAUAAUAAAAAAUGCCAGAUGGAGGGAGGUCUUGUCAGCGAAGAGCCCUGAUGACCAGAAUCGAAUGGGGAAGCUCAUUCAACGGUUUCCAGUUGUCGCCGCGUCUGUCAUGAAUCGCUGUAUCCAGCGGUCUCUACCUCAACGCUCUAUCACGUACGACUUUCGUCUUCUCGAUCCAGGACCUGAUGAUCAAAGUGGACUAAACGCAGAGCCUUUCUUCGGCCUCAUGUUUAUGGUAAAACACAAACAAACGGACCUCCUGGUACAUGAUCUUAGCAGGAAACUUCUUAAGAUCAAGUGGCGCUGUUAUGGAUGGUUCGUCUACUGGACAAACCUUGUUGUGUAUUCCUUGUUCCUUGCUCUGACGACGUAUUUCAUGUUAACGCAGCGCAAACUUGUUACCCUCAAACCCCACAAUGAUGAAGAUUCCGACGAUGAUAUUGAUGAUAACUUUAUGCAGAAAGACUCCUUCAACAAUAUAUCUGGAUUUCUUAUCCUGAUAUUUGCAUCAUUCCAUCUAGCCAAAGAACUCUAUCAAAUAUUCACACAACGAAUGGAGUAUUUCAAACAAUGGACAAACGCACUGGAAUGGGUACUUUACGUGGCAACCAUAAUGUUUGUGCUUCCCUACGUGUUUCCUAGCGCUUCAAGUCUUCGAGGCGAUCCCAGGAUUUCCUGGCAAAUGGGAACAGUUGCCGUUUUUCUAGGAUACAUGAACUUGAUUUUGUUUGUGCAGACUUUGGAUUAUGUUGGCAUCUACGUGACAAUGUUUAUUCGAGUAGCAACGACGGUGCUCAAAACCAUCGGUCUUUUCACGUUGUUUGCUGUUGCCUUCUCAGUGGUCUUCUACAUACUCUUCAGAGAACAGGAUGCGUUUGACACCUUUUUCAUGACGCUUAUGAAGGUGUUUGUAAUGACCAUCGGCGAGAUAGACUAUGACACUAUGUUAGUGGACAACUUAGAUGCGAAGAAUCCAGAUAAUGGUGCGCCUCUGGUGCCCUACAGUGAAUCUUCUUUUGUGUUCAUGUGCAUCUUUAUCUUUGCUAUGCCCAUAAUCCUUAUGAAUCUCCUGGUUGGUUUAGCUGUGGGAGACAUUGAAUCAGUGCAGAAAUAUGCGUUUUUGAGGAACAAGGGGAAGUUCAUCGACUUCAUUUUCGGAGUCGAGAGACAUUUCCCAAGAUUCAUCACACGCCGUUUUCACAAGCCUCAGUUGGUGGUAACAGGACGUUACGUGGAAAGGAAAAUUUCGUCUGGGAAAUUUACUUUUGACGAUAAAGAUCUCAGCGACGAAGAUCCAAAAACCGAGCUAGAGGAGGAACAGAAACUUGAGGUCCUUACCAAGGAACUGGCGCAGGUCGCGAAGCGGCAAAUGUCAAUCAUUGGCACGAUUCAUGAACAGCGGAACAUUUUACUGGCGUUAGCUGCCAAAGCAGGAGUGGAUGCUCACGAGGAAGAUAGCGAGAUCGUCAUCUGAGCUAAGAUUGCCAGAUCUGUAGUUAUUAUGUGAAGGAAUGUGUAUCAGCUGGCUACAUGAAGGUCAUUUUCCAGUGAACCCAUCUUUUCGUGUUUGUUCAAGGCCCGGCAGACCUUGGUGUAAACAUCCUAAACGAAAAUUAGGUUAACUGAGAUUUUUAUUUUGUAGCAAAUUACUUUCAUAAUAAUUAGAAAAAUUGUGUGAGCAGUGGACUUACUUUGAAACCGAUUUAAAAAGACGAUUCGGAAUUUUUUUAAUCCUUUUGACCAAGAAGUUCAGAGAAGAAAUUUUAAAAAUUUCAUAUUAAGUUUUACGCUUUAAUUUUAUGGCAUUACACUUUAGAAGAAACACAGUCCAGCUUUCUUACACAUGUUUUUGGAAAAUACAUUGUUAGAUUUUUUGCCAGGUUCUCAACCUAAAUGGAGAUUAACAAGAAUCCAGACCAAUGUCUCACGCAGUAACCAUGCAGAACUGUUAACUAAAACCUACCCAGAGAUUUUUUUGCCUCGACCCUUAACUUUAGGAUUGGUUUAAACCCUAUCGAUUCCAGCUUAGUUUUAUACGACUUUGUAUGUAACCCUACUGUAUAAACGUUCAAACGAAAGCUAUGUAGAAGUCUUUUGCAGGUCUAGCGUUUCCAAAAAGGGACUAUUAAAAAGUCCAAAAGAUGGUAGAGGAGGGGGACGAUGUAUAUGGGAAUAUGAUCAAUCAAACACAUGAUCAAUCCCUUUCUUUUUGCCCGAACUUACUUGCGCUACCCUGCCAAUUUUAAUGAUAGUAAGAAACUAUGUGGUCCACCCCUUAGCUAUAAAAAUGGGAGCCUUAGUUGCACAAUUCAAUGAGCCCAUAAUGUGUUCUUGUAUCGAAGACGCGUCAGGCUUGUCAGUCAGUUGUUUUGCUCCACACAUUGUCUUAG